AAGCACAGAUGUAGACAUGUCUCACUGGCGAGCAGUCAUAGUCGCCGCGUUGACCUCACUGUUAUGUGGUGCUGAGCGGCCCAUGGUCCGUACGCCUCAGGGGCCAGUCGAGGGCGUACGUUUGUUUCACCAAGGAAAACACAUGGACGGUUUCUUUGGAAUUCCAUUUGCUCAGCCGCCAGUAGGCGAGCUCAGAUUUCGAAAGCCAUUGCCUUCGAAGCCUUGGAAGAACGUGCGAGACGCCAGUCAGUUUCAGCCGGCAUGUAUGCAAACCAACCAUCGUCUGAACCGCGAAAUUUUGCUCAACUACUCCACUUCCUCGUCCGAGGAUUGUUUGCACAUGAACGUUUGGAGACCGAGCUGUGUAACGCAAAACACCUGCGACUACGAGGCUCCCCUGCUGCCUGUCGUGCUUUUCAUCUAUGGCGGCGCCUUCCAGUGGGGCGAUGCGUCAGCCUUCUACAACGACGGCCUUGUAUUCUCGUCAGUGAACGAAGUUGUUUUUGUGAGCUUCAACUAUCGUAUGAACGUGUUUGGAUUUCUCAGUGACUGGUCACCCGAUGCGCCGGGCAAUCUGGCUUUCUGGGACCAACUAUUGGCUAUGCAGUGGGUGCGAAGGAGCAUUUCCACCUUUGGCGGCGACCCACUGCUCGUUACACUGUACGGUCAGAGCUCAGGAGCAAUGUCCGCCGGUGUCCAUGUCCUGUCUCCACUUAGCAAAGGGCUCUUCAAGAGAUGCAUCUUCGAAAGCGGCACAGCAUUAUCUCUGAUAACGUUUCAGCGCCGCAACCAAAUGAGCUUCUUCAACAACUUGGCUGGACAACUUAAUUGCACCGAUCGCGCGAGCAACUCGUCAGCGAUGUUGGAAUGCAUGAGGAAAGUGAACUCCCGAGAAGUAAUACACAGGCUCAGAUCAGUGGGCCAAUUAACGAGCAUGUUCUUUCCAACCUCGGGAGAUGUGUUCGUGCCGGAGUAUCCUAUCGAUUUCGACAAAGUUGACUGCAUAAAUGGAGAAGAGAUGCUCAUGGGCACCACGCUUGAUGAAGGAACUGUGUUUUUCUAUCACCCCAUUGAAAGGCUUCGAGAGUUGGAACCGGCACUGUACGACUACUACGAAGGCGCUACGGCCAUAGUAUUGAGCACAUCAUUCUCUAUUCCUCUUUCAACGGCGCGUCAGUACAUCUCCUCUUUAUUUGAGAACACUGCGAAUGACCUCAGUGUUGAUGAAGUACUACGUACGCUUAGCCACUCGUUCGGUGACCCCGUGUUCGUCUGCAGUACAAACUUAUGGGGGGAGCAGCUGGCUAAGCGAGGACAUCACGUCUACCGUUAUGUUUAUAGCCAUCGUAUGCCACUUAGCAUCUGGGACGAGUGGAUGGGCGUUGUGCACACUGACGACUUGCCUUACAUGCUGGGUUCCGUGGCGACAUUUAAGAAGAACUUGCGUUCAGAGCGAUGGGACGACUUGCCGGAUUGGUUCAGAAACUACAACGCGACAUCCGCGGAACUUACUUUUAGCACGAACUUGGUGAAAUCCCUCGGUGCAUUUGUAAAGACCGGGAAGCCAAAGAUUCCGCUGUCGAACGCUGAGUGGCCCAAGUACACAGCCCAGAAGCCGGAGUUCGUGUAUCUACAGCCCAGCAACUACACCCGAGGCCUUGGCCCCAAGAGAGAGCGCUGCGAAUAUUGGAGACCGUUUCUACUCAAGCAGAGUGAAGGCGCACCGGCUACGCAGCAACCGCUGCGGUCCGAGACGUCGUCCACAGAGUCACCGCUUCUCGCCAAGUCAACACGGCCUGCUGUACAAGAGGCUGCCCCCAAGAGUGACGUCAGACUGGAGCUCCAUUCCAGCUCGUACAUUCCUGAGCCUUCCGCCGUGCUAUUCACUUUCGUCGUUUUCAUCAUAUGGAUUUGCAUGGCGUAGCUACACCCCUCGGUUGAGAUCUAGGCAGCGUACUUUUUCCUUUUUUUUGUCAAUUACCGUAGUGUCUAGAAUCAUCGUCUAUCACUUAAAAGUCACCAUUUUCAUCAUUUCUUCUUUUUUCUAUUUUUAUAAAAAUGAGAAAACAAGGAGAUAACACCACGUAGCUUGCAAAAGCUGCAAUUUGUUCUUACUAGUGCAUAAGAAACUCCAUUUAGCGACUUUGCCGACUAUGAGGAAUACCGUGCCCAUGCCGGAUUUAAACAAUUCCUGAAGCCUUAAUUUUCUACAUCAUUCUGUUUUCAAAUUUUUAUGUCGGCUACGCAACGUCUCUUAAAGUUCUUUUUAAGUACAAAUUAUAGCCCGGAGACACGUGGUCAGUAAAGAGAAAGUAAUGAAAAAAAAAGUCAGGCAGACUGUCCAGUUUGCUACCUUUCUCGCGGGGAAUGUGAUAGGAGUGCGGAAGAAAGAGAGAGAGAGAGAAUGAGAGAGUGAAGAGAGUGUGAAGAUGUUUCGGGUAAGGCACGUAUAGUUGAAGCGCGGUGCAUUUACAGUCGAGUAUUUGCCUCACUGAUUAUCACGUAAUAGCAGUUGUUUGUUCCGGCGAUAUUAUCCCUUUGGAAGUGUGUCUAUAUCAACCCCAAACGUACAUUGAAUGCGUUGAUCAGCUUAAUAAUAGCGAUGACACUGAACACCUCACUAGAGCCUGACUGUGGGGCAGUGGUUAGAGCCGGCUGAACUUUGAGCUCACCGUUUUACAAAGCUCGAAAUGGUGCGACAACACUGGCGCCAAAGUGCCAGAUGAGUAGAGAGACGCUGAAAUCAACGGCCUGGCAGCGGCUGUGGUCCCAUGAAAUGACACAGCGAAGACAUUAGGUAAAAACGAGACGUCGUUGGACAACUGCUGUACCAGCUAGUCUUUCCCAAAGACUGCAGAUUCGACGAAGUAACAGUAAUAGUUGCUGACACACCAUUUUCAUCGAUUCUCACUUGCGUAGACUUAGGUUGUACCACAUCUUGUAAAUAAAGCGCCUUUCUUUCACUG